GCUCAAGGGCUCAGCACCACAUAAGACAACCAGACAUCCCCCCAAAAUUCCCCAUUCUCAAGCCUCCCAAUUUCAGUUCAUUCCGCCACCGAUGAAGCGAUCGCUCCUCUCCGGCGACGUGCCGGCCGCCGACGGCAAAAGAUUGAAGCUGCGAGACGAAGAGGAGGAUGAAGAACGGCCGGGGGCGUCGAAGUCGCCGGAUGCGGGGUCGUUUGGGAAUCUGGACGAGAACAUGCUGUUCGAGGUGCUGAGGCACGUGGACGCCCGGACGCUGGCCACGGCGGCGUGCGUGAGCCGGGGGUGGCGAAGGACGGCGCACGACGAGGCGCUCUGGGAGGUGAUCUGCACACGCCGAUGGGCCAACAUCGGGUGCGGGAGCCAGCGGCUGCGGAGGGUGGUGCUCGCGCUGGGAGGCUUCCGGCGGCUUCACGCGCUCUGCGUGUGGCCUCUCCUGAAAUCGCCCGCACCGUCGUCAGCCCGGCCUUCUCCCUCCCCGCCGCCGUUGAUUUCGCCGAGGAAGACGCCGACGCAUUGGGGGAAAGACGAGGUUCAUCUCUCGCUGUCGCUUCUCUCAAUCCGAUACUACGAGAAGAUGAAUUAUAACAGCAGAAGCAGAUCAAAUUAACAACCUUUCAUCUUAAUUUUACUCUGAUUCUUUAAACAGCUUUUAACUUUUAAAAUCACCAUCUUUCUUCCUUCAAAAAUAUGAAUAGAUCUAUGAGACUGUGACCUUGAUAUAUGAAUAUGAUCUUGAGAUAAUGUGUGUUCUUGAUUUUUUUUUUUUUCUUUUUUCUUUUUUUUGGUUUUUUGGGUAUUGAGAGACGAUGUAAUUUAUGCAUUUUAUAUGAGAUAUUUUUCUAGUUGUAC